UACAUACUCUUACAAAAUCCAUUAAAACCCAUUUCAAGUUGAGACCAAACUACACGGAGCAUCAUGUCUUGGUUAAGAAAUCUCGCCAAGUUUUCCACCGUUAAAGCAUCAUCAAGAAGACCCAAAAACACUGACCCAUUUUGUCUUUUAGCCCCCUUCACUUUUCUCUCCCAUUUCAGCACCAACGCCAUUGAAGAAAAGCCUUCCAUUAAGCCUGUUGAGUAUUCGGGUUUGGAACCAACAAGGCCUCAUGAGAAACCACGUGUGGUGGUGUUGGGUUCAGGAUGGGCUGGGUGUAGGCUCAUGAAGGGCUUGGACGCUCAUGUUUAUGACAUUGUUUGUGUCUCACCCCGCAACCACAUGGUCUUCACCCCUUUAUUGGCCUCAACUUGCGUUGGAACUCUCGAGUUUAGAUCCGUUGCUGAACCCAUUGGAAGGAUCCAACCAGCUAUUUCUAGAGAGCCCGGUUCUUAUUUCUUCCUAGCCAAUUGUACUGACAUUGAUGCACAUAACCACAUGGUGCACUGUGAGACUGUAAAUGAAGGAGUAGAGACAAUGGCUCCUUGGAAAUUCACUAUCUCAUAUGAUAAGCUAGUAAUUGCAUUAGGAUCACAGCCUUCGACUUUUGGAAUUCAAGGAGUCAAAGAACAUGCCAUUUUUCUACGUGAAGUUCACCAUGCACAGGAAAUUCGCAGGAAGUUGCUCCUGAAUUUGAUGCUGUCGGAUGUUCCAGGGAUUACACAAGAGGAAAAACAAAGGCUUUUGCACUGUGUGGUUGUGGGGGGUGGUCCUACUGGAGUUGAAUUCAGUGGUGAGCUUAGUGAUUUCAUCAUGCGAGAUGUUCGUCAAAGAUAUGCUCAUGUGAAGGAUUACAUCCAUGUUACUUUAAUUGAGGCAAAUGAGAUUUUGUCUUCCUUUGAUGACCGACUUAGGCGCUAUGCUACCAAGCAAUUGACAAAGUCAGGAGUUCGUCUUGUUCGUGGCGUUGUGAAAGAUGUUAAACCUCAGAAGAUUAUCCUUAAUGAUGGUUCUGAGGUUCCAUAUGGGUUGUUGGUAUGGUCUACUGGUGUUGGUCCAUCACCUAUAAUUCAAUCUUUGGAUCUUCCAAAAGCUCCUGGUGGAAGAAUUGGUGUUGAUGAGUGGCUUCGUGUUCCUUCAGUACAAGAUGUGUUCUCAAUAGGUGACUGUAGUGGAUUUGUUGAAAGUACUGGAAGGCAAACUCUUCCAGCAUUAGCCCAAGUGGCAGAGAGGCAAGGUAAAUAUUUAGCAGCUCUAUUAAACAAAAUUGGUAAAGCAGGUGCAGGCCAUGCAAACAGUGCAAAGGAAAUAGAAUUUGGUGAUCCAUUUGUUUACAAGCACCUAGGAAGCAUGGCAUCUAUUGGUAGAUACAAGGCCCUUGUGGACCUUAGACAGGGCAAGGAAGCAAAAGGGUUAGCUCUAGCAGGAUUUUUCAGUUUCUUUAUUUGGCGCUCCGCGUAUAUCACACGUGUUGUUAGCUGGAGAAACAGAUUCUAUGUAUUUGUCAACUGGGUUACAACUAUUAUAUUUGGCCGUGACAUAAGCAGAAUAUGAUAAUCUUUUAAGGUUCUUUAUAAAAGCCAGUAACUAUCAAAGAGUUGAGUUUAUUUCAGUUUGGACGAAUGUGAAGCAUGGAACUGCACUAGUUCAUGACAUUUGCCCCAUGUUCCAUUUCAUAAAAACAGUGGCAAAUAAAAGAGGACAUUGAGGAAACAUGCUUGAAGGACAAGGCAAUGAAACUUACAUCUUGAAACCAAUGCAGAUUAUUCUGUUCACGCAUUUUUCUCUCUCAUUAAUCAGAAAUCUAGCCAUCCCAAGUCUUUUUGUACAUAUUGAAAACCAAUUAAUCAAAUUUUAUUUUCAUAUAUAUAUAUAUAUAUAUAUAUAGUGUUC